AUUAAAACAUGAAGCCAAUGGAAGAAGAUACAACAGAGUCAAACGACGAGAUUCCUCUUCCACUACCUGCCCUCCCCGCCCGUCUUGGUCCACCCUCUUCCAGGCUUCGUCCCCGACCCUCUCCACCCCAGGGUCCGGCUUCAGUCUCUUUUUUGCUUUCUAGAGUGAGCCCGGGAGGCGAGGACGCUUAAGCUUCCGCCCUUCUCCCAACACCUACCUUCUCUCUCCCGCGGCGGCCGUGGUGACGUCGGUGGGGGGGGGGCGGGCCUUAUGCUUAAGCGCGUAGGUUCUUGACCCGCCCCGCCGCGAUUGGUGAAGAGGCGCGCACGUCACGCCGCCUAUAAAAGGGAGGGCUUGUGACGCAAGAGCUCCUGGGCACGCGCCCAUUGGCUCUCUCGAGGCCGAGCGCCGCGGAGCUCUGUGUCCCGCCGCCGCCGCCGCCCCGCAACGACCACUACUGCUUUCUCUUCUGCAGCCGACGCCCCCGCUGUCGCCUGUGUCGCCGCCGCGGGACCGGCUGUAUGAUUAGGCCACAGUCUUUAAUGAGUAAACUAAAUCCUUCCUGUGGUGUUCUUGGUCACGCAUUUAUGGAGUUUUUGAAGGGCCCCGGAGACUACUGCCAGGCACAGCACGACCUUUAUGAGGGCAAGUGAACUGUAGAAAUUCAUUACUACUCCACCAGGAAGCCCCCAUAGGAGCGCUCCUCCUGGACACAGACGUGUGGGAUUGAAAUCAGAGCAUUUUGCAAGAAUUCCGACCUGGAUGGGGUAAACCUCGGUGCUCUUCCUUUCCAUUGACUCAGAAUUACUGAACUGAAGGAUGGCUUCUUGAUAAGAGGGUCAUUUCACUUCCUCUUACUCCCAACUUCAUAUCCAAGGCAUUGAGAAUUUCGAGUGGGGCAUAUUGGAGUAGACUUCAGUUUCUUUACAUUUCUCCAUUCAAAAGUUAAAGUUUUUUUCCCCCUGUAAUCCUAUCGGAUGUUUUUUUAACGAAAUUAACAUGGCUCCACUGAACCGCCCAGCCCCUGUUGAAGUCACAUACAGGAACAUGAGAUUUCUUAUUACACACAAUCCAACCAGUGCAACCUUAAACAGGUUUAUAGAGGAUCUUAAGAAAUACGGAGUUACCACAAUAGUAAGAGUAUGUGAAGCAACUUACGACACUGCUCUUGUGGAGAAAGAAGGCAUCCAGGUUCUGGAUUGGCCCUUUGAUGAUGGUUCAUCACCGUCUAACCAGAUCGUUGAUGACUGGUUAAGUCUUGUAAAUGUUAAAUUUCGUGAAGAACCAGGUUGCUGCAUUGCUGUUCACUGUGUUGCAGGCCUUGGGAGAACUCCAGUGCUUGUUGCCCUGGCAUUAAUUGAAGGUGGAAUGAAAAAUGAAGAGGCAGUACAGUUUAUAAGACAAAAGCGGCGCGGAGCUUUUAACAGCAAGCAACUUUUGUACUUGGAGAAAUAUCGUUCUAAAAUGCGACUGCGCUUCAAAGACUCCAGUGGUCAUAGAAACAGCUGUUGCAUUCAAUAAAACUUGGCUGCCUGAUGCUGUUGCCUUGGAGGUGGAACUUGAGACAGGAUUUAACUUAUUGUACCUACUAGUCAAUGUGUAG